UGUGCGAUGCUGGGGAGGUGUUGGGUGUCUCUCACUUCUUCAACUCAAUUCGCAGCUCACAAAACCACGAGCGGUUCACCAGAGAUCAUCUACUCGAAGUCUACAUGAUUUUCGAUAAGUCGCACCUCGUGGCGCAAGGAACUAUUAAGAAGGAGAAGAAGCACAAACGGAGGAAGAGUCAACGCCGAAUGUGUAGAAUAAGGAAGAAGAAUAUUGGUCCGUUGACUAUUUGUUGACACUCGCAAGGAGUUGUUGGGAUCUCUCGCGCCCAGCCAUGGAAAUGAUACGGAGAUUUCUUUCCUGAUGCUGCGAUCUCACGCGUAAGCGUUCCCUACAAACAUGGACACGAUGUUACUGGCCUCCGCCGUGGUCGUCUGGGAAUGGCUCAACGAGCACGGGGGCUGGCGGCCGUACAGCCCGGCCGUGUCUCACCACAUAGAGGAGGUGAUGAGAAGCGAUCCCCGCGGCGGUAGCAUCGUUCUAGGCCAAGCUGACAGCCGCCUGUCGCCCUACAUCAUCGAUCUACACUCUAUGCGUCAGUUCAGACAGGAUAACGGUACGUUAAGACCAGUGCGACGGAGUUUCUAUGACCCCAACUCAGCACCAGGCCAAGGUUGGAUAUGGGAGUGGGAAAAUGACGCAGGUUCCUGGACGACCUAUGACAUGGAGGUUAGCAUUGCCUUGCAAGCGGCAUGGGACCGACGGCAACCCUGGCUGGACCUGACAUCGAUUGGCUUUUGCUACUUUGUGGACUUCCAGACCAUGACCCAGAUUAACAGGCAAACACAGCGGCAGAGGCGCAUGCAGAGACGCUCCGAUAGGGUUUACCCACUGGUCUCCGGGCCACUGCCUAAAACCUCACAGGCUCGGGGUACAGGCUCAGGAACUGGAGGCAUGACUAGAGGAGUUACAUCACGUGGGGGCUCAACCGGGGCACUUCUUGGGGUUGGUGUUUCUGGUUCUACUUUGAGUAGAAAAGGAAGUGCGGUUUACCAAAGCGGGACACUUUCGAUGUCAUCUCUCACUCCUCCUGGACAGCCAUGUUACUGUCAGCAGUGCAUGCUGGUGUUGAGUGUAAAGGCACAGACACUGGGACGUGCAACAAAGCCAAACAGUCCUAAAUUCAGCUUUGGGACACUUCCAUCCUCCUCUGCAUCCAUGUCUGUUUUAAACUCGUAUUCUCAUACACUACCACAGGGCACAUCUUUAAAAUGCUCUCUCUCGGAAGAAGCCAAGAAUUCUGCUUUUGAUCAGUCAUUGUCCCUUCUCACGUUGGAUACUGCCAAUCUCUCAGUCUCCUCUAGCCGUUCACCGCCUCUAACUCUGCCAUCGCCGAAUCAGCAGCCUUCAUCCGCCCCAAGCUCUUCGUCUUCAGCAACAUUUGUGGCUACUGCCAUGCUUAUUAACACAUCAAUCAGUCCCAGAUCAUCCACAGAUUUGACGUCAUCUUCAACAACGAUGCCCUCUCAGCGCUCCGCUGCCUGUGCUGCCCUUCUACCAACUCGUGCCAGUCUGACAGGGCUUAGUCGGCCUGCUUUGCACAGAAUUGCCAUGGCACAGUCACAGGCCCUUAUUGCCUCUGGGGUACCGACAGUACCAGUGAAGAAUCUCAAUGGCUCCAGCCCUGUCCAUCCGGCUUUAGCUGGUAUUACAGGUAUUCUGAUGAGUGCAGCAGGACUACCUGUAUGUUUGACCCGUCCACCAAAACUAGUUCUGCAUCCCCCACCUGUCGGCAAGAGUGACAUCAGACCAAUUCCUGGCAUUGGGCACUGUUGCCGCAAGACCACCAAGAAACAAGCACGCAAAGGUAGAACACCCGAGGAAGUGGUAAAAAGGUACUUACAGAAGGUCAGGAAUCCACCAGAAGAAGAUUGUACUAUCUGUAUGGAGGCUCUGGGGGGACCCUCAGGGUAUAAGGGUCCAGGUGUUGCAAGUGUUUCGCGUGCAGAGUCCGUUGGACGACUGGCACAAUGUGGGCAUCUUUAUCACCUGCAGUGCCUAGUGGCCAUGUACAACAAUGGCAACAAAGAUGGCAGCCUGCAGUGUCCCACAUGCAAGACAAUAUAUGGAGUAAAGACAGGCAACCAGCCGCCCGGUAAAAUGGAGUACCAUGUCAUCCCGCACUCACUUCCAGGACACCCAGACUGCAAAACCAUUCGCAUCAUCUACAACAUACCGCCUGGGAUACAGGGUCCUGAGCAUCCAAAUCCGGGGAAGCCUUUUACUGCAAGAGGAUUUCCCCGUCACUGCUAUCUCCCAGACAAUGAAAAAGGACGCAAGGUGUUAAGGAUGUUAUUGGUGGCAUGGGAUCGACGGCUGAUCUUCUCAGUGGGCACCUCCAGCACCACAGGAGAAUCAGACACUGUCAUCUGGAAUGAGAUCCAUCACAAGACAGAAUUUGGCUCCAAUCUUACUGCACAUGGCUAUCCAGAUUAUGGCUAUAUUGACAAUGUACUGGAGGAGCUUAAAGCCCAGGGCAUCACUGAAGACGAGGAACAGCAACUGUGAAGAGGACGGGAUGUGCUCGAUGGCAGUGAAAGAAAAAUAACUGUACUAGAUGUUCUAGGAGUGCAUUUGAACUCAGAAAUGUGUGAGGAUUCAUAUGAAAUCGAUAACUCUGAUGAAAACAAUGUGACCAAUUGGUACAAAUAACUAUGUAAAUGAGGUACAAGUCAGCAAGUAUCCUAAUCUCAAUACAAAUUUGGGGAUGAAGUAACACAACUAACAUGAGAAUGAUAUUUGGUUAAAGGUGAAAGAUAGGUUUGAAAGAAAAAGGAAAGAAAGGAACGUAUGAAAAGCAAGAAUGGGAGGUGGAGGGGACUCGAAAAAUAAGGGAAUAGAAAGACUAAGAAAAUGCAGGUUAUUGAAGCAGCCGACGUGUUUUAUCUGCUUAAGCGAUGUUGCGGUGUAAGUUGUGUAAAACAGUUGUAAGUGUGGUUGUAUUUAAUCAACUCUGGUACCUCUAACUGGAUUACUUGCUCUGAAUCUGUUUACUAGAACUGAAAAGUAUAUAGCGCAUAUGAAUGCUUGUAUUAUAAUUUGUAUUAAUUCCAUGUAUUCAGUCUUGUGUAUUGAGAACUUGUACUAUUUUUGUACAGAUGAUAAUGUGUACAUAAAAUUCAGAGUUUUGAUUAAUCAAAAAUUUUUUAUAUUAACUUGAUUUUAAAAUGAAAAUCACUUUUAUGGAAACACUGAAUUAAUUUAUGCUGGUUUAUAUGAAGCAUAAGAAAACCAACUAAUUGUUCUUCCUCAGAUGAGAUGUCUCUAAUGCAUCUAAUAGUUACAGAUGAUAAAAUAUCACAUUUUCACGGUACAGGAAACCAAUUUGGUGGUUUAAGCUAAGAAGUGCUUCUUUACUCCACAUUCAGCAUUAAAUAUGUUCAGCUUUAAUACAGAAGAAAGCUAUGAUCGAAUGUAGCUAGAUAGAUGGGUAGUUUAAUGAUCCCUAAGGGUCAGUUUAGUAAUAGUUUGCCAAAAUGAAUUUUGCAAACUCAAGGAUUUUGCAUAAAAUAUGAUAUAGCUCUUUUUAACUGUUCUUCACUGUGCUUAUAACCUGUUUUAGGCCAGUCUGUAUGUUAGGUCAAUUAUUGACCUGUUUUAUAAUGAUCCAUUUGUAAGAAUGUGCCAUUGUUUGGUAUGUGUGCAUCUGUGCAUGUGUGAGCCCAUGCAUCAUGUCUAUGUUUGCAUUUGUGCUUAAUUAAAUAUAAGAGUGUAUGCUAUGCAUCCACAACACAGAGGUACGGUGUUACUCAUCUGCAUAAUUGUCUUCAUGCAUUUCUGAUUGUAUUUCUCUUUUAUAUUAAUGUUUUCUUCUA